UUCCCCUUAUUAAUUGCAGAAUAAAUACAUCUCCCUGCAGAAAGGUCUGUUGUGUAGCGGAAGGGCUCCUCGAGAAGUGUUUACAUCUCAGCUGCUGGGACGCGUUUGUCUUAGAACUGGAACUUUCAAACUUCGGACUACCAUAUCGACACCUUCACAGUGGACCUUGGGAUGUCGUCACUCUGAGCUGGGAGGCCCUCUGUACCUUAAUCCAUCCACUUUUCCUUGUAGAGCGUCCCACGUGGAGCGGUUCUUCACAGGAGGGAACGAAGACUCAGCCAUUUGGGAAGAUGAAUGCCAGCAGUUACUCCGCAGCCAUGACGGAGCCCAAGUCCGUGUGCGUCUCGGUGGACGAGGUGGUCUCGGGUAACACGGAGGCUUCGGAGACCGACCUGCUGAACGGGCAUCUGAAGAAGGUGGACAACAACCUCACGGAGGCGCAGCGCUUCUCAUCCCUGCCGCGCAGGGCGGCUGUGAACAUUGAAUUCAAGGACCUCUCCUACUCAGUCCCCGAAGGACCCUGGUGGAGGAAGAAAGGAUACAAGACCCUCCUGAAGGGGAUCUCCGGCAAGUUCAACAGCGGGGAGCUGGUGGCCAUCAUGGGGCCCUCCGGGGCUGGGAAGUCCACGCUCAUGAACAUUCUGGCCGGGUACAGGGAGACCGGCAUGAAGGGAGCCGUGCUCAUCAACGGCCAGCCGCGGGACCUGCGCUGCUUCCGGAAGGUGUCCUGUUACAUCAUGCAGGACGACAUGCUGCUGCCGCACCUCACGGUGCAGGAGGCCAUGAUGGUGUCCGCGCAUCUGAAGCUCCAGGAAAAGGACGAAGGCAGGAGGGAGAUGGUCAAGGAGAUCCUGACAGCUCUGGGCUUGCUGUCUUGUGCCAACACGCGGACUGGAAGCCUCUCAGGCGGCCAGCGGAAGCGCCUGGCCAUCGCGCUGGAGCUGGUGAACAACCCCCCCGUCAUGUUCUUCGAUGAGCCCACCAGUGGCCUGGACAGCGCCUCCUGCUUCCAGGUGGUCUCCCUGAUGAAAGGGCUGGCCCAAGGAGGGAGGUCCAUCAUCUGCACCAUCCACCAGCCCAGCGCCAAACUCUUUGAACUCUUCGACCAGCUUUAUGUCCUCAGUCAAGGACAAUGUGUGUACCGGGGAAAAGUCUCUAAUCUCGUACCAUACUUGAGAGAUUUAGGUCUGAACUGCCCAACCUAUCACAACCCAGCUGAUUUUGUCAUGGAGGUCGCGUCCGGCGAGUACGGUGAUCAGAACGGCCGCCUGGUGAGAGCCGUCCGGGAGGGCAUGUGUGACUCUGAGCACAGGAGAGAGCCUGGGGGGGAUGCCGAGGUGAACCCUUUUCUUUGGCACCGGCCCUCUGAAGAGGUAAAGCAGGCAAAACGAUUGAAGGGGUCUAGAAAGGACUCCGCCUCCAUGGAGGGCUGCCACAGCUUCUCGGCCAGCUGCCUCACGCAGUUCUGCAUCCUCUUCAGACGGACCUUCCUCAGUAUCAUGAGGGACUCGGUCCUGACGCACCUGCGGAUCACGUCUCACAUCGGAAUCGGCCUCCUCAUCGGCCUGCUGUACCUGGGGAUUGGGAACGAGGCCAAGAAGGUCCUGAGUAACUCCGGCUUCCUCUUCUUCUCCAUGCUGUUCCUCAUGUUCGCAGCCCUCAUGCCCACCGUUCUCACGUUUCCCCUGGAGAUGGGAGUAUUUCUUCGGGAACACCUGAACUACUGGUACAGCCUGAAGGCCUACUACCUAGCCAAGACCAUGGCCGACGUGCCUUUCCAGAUCAUGUUCCCCGUGGCCUACUGCAGCAUCGUGUACUGGAUGACGUCGCAGCCGUCCGACGCCGUGAGGUUCGUGCUGUUCGCCGCGCUGGGCACCAUGACGUCGCUGGUGGCGCAGUCCCUGGGUCUGCUCAUCGGAGCCGCCUCCACGUCGCUGCAGGUGGCGACCUUUGUGGGGCCCGUGACGGCCAUCCCUGUCCUCCUCUUCUCGGGGUUCUUCGUCAGCUUCGACACGAUCCCAACUUACCUGCAGUGGAUGUCCUACAUCUCCUACGUCAGGUACGGAUUCGAGGGGGUCAUCCUGUCCAUCUACGGGCUGGACCGAGAGGACCUGCACUGCGGCGUCGAUGAGACGUGUCACUUCCAGAAGUCGGAGGCCAUCCUGAGGGAGCUGGACGUGGAGGACGCCAAGCUCUACCUAGACUUCAUCGUUCUGGGCAUUUUCUUCAUCUCCCUACGCCUCAUCGCCUAUUUCGUCCUGAGAUACAAAAUCCGGGCGGAGAGGUAAAAACACCCGAGCUCCAGGAGACACGGACAUAGACAUCGUGGCCCAGGGCCCCUCGCGGAGCCGCGGGGACCGCUGCCGCCACCCAGCCCCCGGCGGUGCGUCCGUCUGCGGGCGUUGUGCCGCCCGUGUCCGCGCCCGCGCCUCUCUCCUCUCCCUUUCCAGCUUCACCUGGGAAGAAGGUGUAGAAAGGUGUCGCGUCCUCGUGCAGAAUUUCACCCCGUGGAGGCCAGGCACGCAGAAACCGGCAGCAGAGCCGCAGCCGGGGGGCCGGGGAGGAAGGAACCGCGCCAGGGACAACCUGGUCUCGGGACGGUCGCUGUCGUCCUGCGGUUCUGCUGCCGCCUCUGGGGAGAAGUCAAUUUCCAAGCCAAAAGCCGAUAACUCUCAUUCCUUUUAAGAAACUGUAUCUUUUUCGUACUCGUUAAAGGAAAUUAUUCAGGGUAAAUAACACACUUUGCUUAGAGACACGAGGGGCUUAGCUAAGGCGCGGAGCUGGUCUCAUUUUCAGGCAGAACUGGGGAAAGAUGCGGCGCGGUCCCCGGCAGGGAGAAGGCUCUGGGGCUGCACGUGUUCCCAAAAGUCGAA